AUGGAAUCCAGUCUUGGAUUCUGGAUUCCACGCCGUGGAUUCCGGAUCACAGAUACUGGAUUCCAAUCCGUCUUGGUCAGUGGAACUUGGAUUUUGGGUUCCAAAAGUUAGCAGUAUUCCGUAUUCCAAAGCCCUGGAUUCCGAAUUCCACAAGCAAAAUUUCCUGAAUUGCGCAUUCCACAACCAAAAAUUUCCCGGAUUCCCGCCAAAUUCGAAUUCCCUUACUUGGGGCGAGACACAUGAACGAAUCAAUUGCGGCUGCCAUAUCGGAAAAUGUGACAUUCUUUGCAGAAAUUAACUUCUUAACCUGGCGUGCAGUGUGGGGCUUGAGCAUGGAGCGUGGAGUUUGAUCCGCCCGUUAAAGCAUCAUUACCAAGACCCUGUCAAGACCUAACUUGCGACUUUCAUGAUUUCGUUGUGCAAGUGCUAAUAAUCUUCAUAUGAUCUCUACCACAGGCGAAGUAACGCUUGAUCUCUUUAUAAGAUGAACACCGUCCACUUUGCUUUUUCAUUUGUUGUUUUUGUCGUCGAGGGAUAUUUCAGAACUACAGCAGAUGAAGCUUGCUCUCAUUCACGGUACUUUGUAAAGAAGGUCAAGGGUAAGUAAUUUAUGUCGAUUUUUACCAAUGGGCUCAAACAUUAGACAUGAAUUUUUAAAACGUUUUUGGUUAGGACUGUAAACUUGAAAUUACAAAAAAGAAGAAGAAGAAGAACUGGAGGCCUCCAGAUUGCAAGUCCAUGUUCAGACCACUCGGCUUACAUGCUGCCUUUCCUGCCUCUCGGGUUUGCUCAAAACUUUACACCUGUACUGAGAGUAGUGAAAAAACUGGGGAGAGGCCUGGAGAGGACACCGGGUACCCACCUUAUAUUUAGGCUAAAUAUAAAUUUCGAUGGGCCCCACCCCUCCUCCCUCGUGUCGUAGGGAUUCACUUUAUAAACAAGCCCUACCCUACCUUACUUAAAGAUCUGAAUCCGCCAUUGAAGAGUUUACCCAGCAAAAAAGCAAGUAAGCUCAUCAGUACACAGCAGUUAAAGAUAACUUUAAUUUGGACUGGAACUAAAAAAGUGCACGUCCGUCAUUUUGUGCAGUACUUGAAUACAUUAAUGGCCAAAAAACGGAGAUAUGAUGGCUAACGGUGGUAAAAGUAAGAUUGGAUCGCGGCUUGUAGUGAAUCAAAGAGCGUGUGCCGGUGUUAUAAAAAUGAUUUUCUACAGAUUUUCUAUUUUUUACAGUCACUGGUUCUCUCUAAGGCCGGCACCGUUGGGACUAGUAUUAACUACCCUUCUAAGAAAGGUGUCCACGUGCACCUUUCCACUAGAUAUUGGAUCCAGCGUUUGAGCAACCAGGCCCUUAUUGACCGGAGCCAAAGAAGAGAGGUAACGAACGUCAGGUACAAACUCUUCUGACCUAGCUUAGGUGUCCGUUUUAGGAAGUUUUCCCUCCAACAGAGGUGUUCAGUGUUAAAACAGAGCUUACUUGUUAACUCUCACCAGGAAAUGCAGUGCUUAGAAACCACGUGAUCGCUAAAUACUUGGUCACCUCAGAAGUUGAAUGUGGCUAUCAGUGCACGCGAGAGUCCAAGUGCCUUUCAUUUAAUUAUAAGCACCACUCUGCUUCGAAUUCGUUGCUCCACGAAUGCGAGAUUAACGACUAUAAACAGCAAAAUGAUCCUAAAGGUAUCGUGGGUGUGGAUGGAUUCAACUACUAUGAACGUGAGGUACAUGAUGAACACAAGCUAAAAUUAAAAGCCUUUAGUCAUGACUGCGUGCUUUAGUUUAUCGGGGGCACCCAACGUCAAUUUUCGGAAAAUAUCUGUUAGGAAGACGAUUUGAGAUCUACAAUUUUCGGAAUAUUUGUUGUAAAAUUUCUUGCUUGCCUGCCUCUCCUAGAAUUUUCGAACAUCUAAAAAAUGGUAUAAUUGCCCAUAUAUUUUUAACGGAUUUUAACCUUAAAAAGGUCACCUAGAAUUUCCGGGGGCCUUUUUUCUGGCUGAAAUUUUCGAAAAGUUAAGUUUUGAUCCCUAGAAUUUUCGGACCACUAGACUUUCAGCUAGGAAAUCUGAACAGAUGAAAACGUGUUAGAGGAUAAAAAUAUGCCUAUAUCUACCGUUUAAGUACUAAAAUACGUUUAACAAUGCUAUGUUUAAGUGGUUUUGAACUAUAUUCUCGUUGGGUGCCCCUGGUUUAUUGUAUAGGACGAACGUCAUGAUACAGCAUAUGCUUUUCUGCCUUUCACUUGUUUUUACUUGUUUACUCUUCGAAUUCUGACUCCUUUGUUGUGUCCUGGUUGUGAAGUAAUUUCAAUCUCAAAGGGUAACCACUUUCUAAGAUUUUUAGCCCCUUUUUUAUAUCGUAUUGUAAUUUUAAUAGUUGUAAAUUGAUUCUAAAAACCCCGUUGUUACUGACUAUCAAUGAACAAAAAGGAAGAUUUAAACUAAUGACAUUACAUCUCUCCAAUUUAGUAUAAAGGAGUAAAUGUUAUGUGAUAGUUUUCGACAGACUCAGGGGUAGUAAUUGGUACUUACGGUGUUGAGGGUGAAAAGGUUACUUAAAACAAUUUUUGUGGGUGGUCUGAGUCAAACAUCUUGACAAUGUCUAAAUUAUAAUCAAUGGUUUGACUUUUUCAGCCCGACGCUCUUCCCGCGGGAGUUGUUUCGUGUCAUGAUAACGGUAGGUGUCUUCAGGGACAGGCUAUGGUUUCGUAUACUGAUUUCCAGUAAUUUGAAGUUUUCUAAUCUAGAUAAACUAUUCAUUCAGCCAGUCAAUAAGUCUUGCGCCCGGGGGAGGCACAUCUUUAGCUUAUUUAUGCUGCCCGAAAGGGUGUGGGUUUCUUGGUCUCGAGUUUGAAAAACUCGGUCGAAUCGAUGCAUAAAGGCUCCCAACCCCCCUCCACCCCUGCCCACCCGCGUGGGUUUUAAACAGUUAAUUCUUACGAAUAAGAUGCAAAGGAACUAAACCUCCUGUGAACAACCUAGUGACUUCAGCUAUUAAUAAAUCAUGUUCCUGGUAGAUUGUUCGUGUAUUUGCUCGAUUUGCUUUUGUAUUCAAGUUGACAAAUUCGUUACUUAUACAAUCAACUGAAUGCCCAUUUCUUUCAGCUGAGAGUUGCAAGUCUCUUAAAGAGGCAGGAACAAAUUUAGAUGGAUUGCAUCACAUUAAUAUACCCAGCAUUGGCUCGGUCCAAGUCUUUUGUGAUCAAUCCACGGACGGAGGAGGAUGGACGGUGAUUCAGAGGCGUGCCGCGCCUUUCUCGCUCUCCUUCGAAAGGAACUGGGUCGAGUAUGAAGACGGCUUUGGAAAACCUGACAGUGAGUUUUGGCUUGGCAACAAAGUUAUCCACGAGCUUUCCAAAAGGCAAGUCGAGGUCCAAAUUGUCCUUAUAUCUCGAAGUAAUUUGACGGGUCCUGCCAAAUAUUCCCGUUUCAAAGUUCACGGUAGAAAUGAUAAAUAUCGCCUGGAGAUAUCUGGUUACGUCGGUGAUAUCGGAGAUUGUGCUCUUAAUUCUUCAAGGCAAUAUUUGUCUACUGUGGACUUUGAUAAUGAUGCAACGCCUGACAGAGACUGUGCAGAUGAAGAGAACGCUGGCUGGUGGUACAGUGACUGUGGAUGCGGAAAUUUAAACCGCCAGUUACGACCCAAAUGGUAUUCCUGGAAAGCCGGCAACGAUGACAUUAUUUAUAGCGAAGUGAAGAUCCGUUAG